UGAGCCAUAUUCAUAGAAGUGCUGUUCAAUAUAGAAUACUAAAAUAACAAUAUUACAAUUUUUUUCAUUCGAUAUGUCAAAUAUUGAUUUAUAUUUUUUUUCUCGAUCAUAUAAACAAUUUUUUUGCGCCAAUAAAAAAUAAGCGAAAAAUAACGAUCAAAGUGUCAAUAAUGUCACCUGCAUACCUUUAGUGUCAAUAGAUGUCGCAUCAUGCCGCUAACUUGGUUUCUAAUCUACGAACUUUUUAUUUUCUAUUCCCUAGACUGAAAAGCUAGGGUCUAGAAACCGUAAUUCACCUGUGUUUGUUUGUCUGUCUGUCUGUCUGUAACAAGCGCUUGGCACAAAUGACCAUUUCUAUGGCACAAAUGACCAUUUUUAUGGCGCAAAUGACCAUUUUUAUGGCGCAAAUGGCCAUUUUCGUGGUACAAACGAGUAUUCUUGUGAUACAAAGUGCCAUAAUCGUGGUACAAGUGAUGUUGUCUAGGUAAAAAAUACCAUUGUCAUGGUACAAGUGACUGUUGCCAUAGUGCAAAGUAUCGUGAGUCGUGGUAAAACUGACCAUUUAUUUUGGGAUAAUUGACCAUUCUUGUGGCUCAACUCAGUUUCUAUGGUGCAAUCAACCAUUUCUAUGGCACAGUUGAUCAUUCUUAUCUGCGGAAUGAGCAUCUCUGUGUCAACACUAGCUAGAUCCUUAUUAGAAAUUACCAGUGCUAUGGGAUAAAUAACCAUUGCUAGUCCUUAGAAUCAACCAACUCAUAUGCUUUAUCAUAUACAUUGGCAUCUUGCAAUAUUUUAUGUCAAGUGUUUGAAUAUAUCUUUAGUAUGUAAUAUACAACAUUUUGCAAAUAUCAAUGAUUUGUCCUAAACUCAUCAUUGAACAGAAUUCAUUUUCAUUAAAAAACAGAAGGACAUCUGUGUCAUCAUUCCGUCAGUCGAGGGCCCAGUGAAUCGACUUUCAAUGUCGAUGAACCUUACUUGUUCAUUGUGCUUCCUAAUGACGAAAAAGGUUUAUCACCGAUAGAAUUAAUUUGUUUUGCAUGUUUUAGUCGAUGUUCCUGUUCGAACUGCUCAUAGAGCAGUUUUCAUUCAUGCAGGUCAAGUAUGCUUUGCUGCAUCAAGAAUAUUUGUUCCUUUCACACUUCACGACGCUUUUGUGUCCAAAAGUGUCGAAUUAGCAAAGAAACGUAUUGUUGGUGACCCAUUUAAUCUUACAACUGAACAAGGACCAUAGGUAUAGGAAAGCAUUUCAAGUAAAGUGUCAUAAUCUAAACUAUGGAGAAAACAUACUGAUUGAGGAUUCAGAAAACAAUUUGAUAAGACAACAGAUUAGCAUUAAUUUCUUUUGUGUAUUCUACAAAACAGUCAUACUCAAUUAGAAACAAUUAUUGAAUGUAUUCAAUCGGAUAAAAAAGUUGGUGCUAAGCUAGAAUGUAAUGGUGAUCAAGUUGGUGAUAAAACUUACUUUACUCGACCUACUAUUUUUACUAAUGUAAAAGAUGGUAUGAAAAUAGCUGGUGAAGAAAAUAUCUCUUGGUUUUAA